AUGAACAAGAAAGAGCUGCUCGUGCUUGACACCAGAACUAUGGAGUUCUCCAUUGCUGACUUCCCACCUGGUGCAUGGCUCCAGCUACAGGUAGCUAUUGUGGAUGCAGGGGAAGGCAGGGUUGGGAUGUUUAGCACCCAGGAUGGAAAUGUAUGCUAUGAAUCUAUUCUCUGUUAUAUGGUUAGGCAAAACAAAGGUGAGAGUUCUGGCCAGUGGGAUAUGAAGACAAUCUCAGUAGGAUAUGGGUACCGGCAUUAUAUCAGAGCUGCAACAGAGAAUUACUUGAUCCUAUUAAGGAUGGACGCCCAGUGGCCGGACGUAACCUUAUUAGUGCCCCAAUCGAAGAUGGAUUUUUUCUCAUUCGAUGUCAAGACAAUGCAGCUUGAGAGGAUGUUUGCUGAACACAAUCAAAGAUCUGCAGUGCACAUAUAUACCAACUUCCCACCGUCGUUGUUGUCUUCACCGACAGUAUGA